GGGUGGAGAAGCCCCAGGGCACUGCCGCCACUUUCCCGGGUGCCCGUCAGGCCGGACCGGACAGGGCAGGGUAGGGGGUGAGCGGGUAUACAUCCAGACCCCCAGCACUUUGCUAUCACACGGCGCCCGGCCGGGGCUCCAGGGUGGCAGAAAGUUUAGGGCAAUCCUUGCCGCUGGGGUUGGGCAAAGCCUGGACUGCGCAGCCCCGGGCCGAGAUAUGGAGCUGCUGUCGCCACCGCUACGCGACGUAGACUUGACGGGUCCCGACGGCUCUCUCUGCAACUUUGCUACAGCGGACGACUUCUAUGAUGACCCGUGUUUCGACUCCCCGGAUCUGCGCUUCUUUGAGGACCUGGACCCGCGCCUCGUGCACGUGGGCGCAUUUCUGAAACCUGAGGACUCCCACUUCCCUGCGGCUGUGCACCCGGCCCCCGGCGCCCGCGAGGACGAGCAUGUGCGCGCGCCUAGUGGGCACCACCAGGCGGGCCGCUGUCUACUCUGGGCUUGCAAGGCGUGCAAGCGCAAGACCACCAACGCCGACCGCCGCAAGGCUGCCACCAUGCGCGAGCGGCGCCGCCUGAGCAAAGUCAACGAGGCCUUCGAGACGCUCAAGCGCUGCACGUCUAGCAAUCCUAACCAGCGGCUGCCCAAGGUGGAGAUCCUGCGCAACGCCAUCCGCUACAUCGAGGGACUGCAGGCGCUGCUACGCGACCAGGACGCCGCGCCCCCUGGCGCCGCGGCUGCCUUCUACGCGCCCGGCCCGCUGCCUUCUGGCCGCGGUGGCGAGCACUACAGCGGCGACUCCGACGCAUCCAGCCCGCGCUCCAACUGCUCCGACGGCAUGAUGGAUUACAGCGGCCCCACCAGCGGCGCCCGGCGACGGAACUGCUACGAUGGCUCCUACUUCAGCCAGGCGUCCAGCGAACCGAGGCCCGGGAAGAGCGCUGCAGUGUCGAGCCUCGACUGCCUGUCCAGCAUCGUGGAGCGCAUCUCCACCGAGAGGUCAUCUUUGAAGCUGUAUGGAUCACAGCAGGCAGCUGCUCCCAUCCAGCCCCAGACCCAGGGUCAGCUUGCCAACCAGGGCAGCUGA